GUUAGGGUCCCUUUCCCUUAACGAACAUGGCGGUUCCGCGUCCCGCCAGCACAGCUUCAUAUCCGGAAAUAGCACAACUAGCCCCACCCGGGCUCCUUCCGUCAUACACCGGAAGAGGGUGAUGGUGGCUGGCAAGGACCAAACUUUCUUCGUCUUUCCUCCCAUCGCUCUUUCUCCUCCUCCGCGGGAGCUUAGCGCCAAACUCAAACUCUGUCAGGACUCGGUUGCUUUUCAGGCUUGUACGGAGGACCUGUUGGGCUUUUCCUCACACCCACCGGAACAGCGGGCCAAGAUGAGCCAAGUUCUGUUCCAGCAGCUUGUCCCACUUCAGGUGAAAUGCAAAGACUGCGAGGAGAGGAGAGUAAGUGUUCGAGUGAGCAUUGAACUUCAAUCAGUUUCUAACCCAGUGCACAGAAAGGAUUUAGUUAUCCGUCUAACUGAUGAUGCAGACCCAUUUUUCCUGUAUAAUCUUGUGAUAUCUGAAGAGGAUUUUCAAAGUUUAAAAUUUCAGCAAGGUCUUCUGGUGGACUUCUUAGCUUUCCCACAAAAAUUUAUAGAUCUCCUUCAGCAGUGUACUCAAGAACAUGCCAAAGAAAUUCCAAGGUUUUUGCUACAGUUAGUGUCUCCAGCAGCUAUUUUGGAUAACUCACCAGCAUUUUUAAAUAUAGUAGAAACAAAUCCUUUCAAACAUCUUAUACACUUGUCCUUAAAACUUUUACCUGGAAAUGAUGUAGAGAUAAAGAAAUUUCUAGCAGGGUGCUUGAAAUGCAGCAAGGAAGAAAAAUUAUCAUUGACUAAAUCACUAGAAGAUGUUACUAGGCAACUGAAUAUCACACAAAAGACAUUAUCAGAAAAGAUACAAGAAUUAGACAAAUUACGGAAUGAAUGGGCAUCACACACAGCCUCAUUGACGAAUAAGCAUUCUCAGGAACUGACCAAUGAGAAAGAAAAAGCCUUGCAGGCACAGGCUCAGUAUCAACAGCAGCAUGAACAACAGAAAAAAGAUUUGGAAGCCCUCCAUCAACGGAAUAUCCACCAGCUCCAAAACAGACUGUCUGAGUUAGAAGCAGCUAAUAAAGACCUGACUGAAAGGAAGUACAAGGGAGAUUCCACUGUCAGAGAACUAAAAGCCAAACUCUCUGGUGCUGAAGAGGAGCUGCAGCGGACUAAGCAAGAAGCCCUCUCUCUGCGAAGAGAGAAUUCUACCUUGGAUGCGGAAUGCCAUGAGAAAGAAAAGCAUAUUAACCAGCUCCAAACAAAAGUGGCAGUUUUAGAGCAGGAAAUCAAGGAUAAAGACCAACUUGUUUUGAGGACAAAAGAAGCGUUUGAUACAAUUCAAGAACAAAAGGUAGCUUUAGAAGAAAAUGGUGAGAAAAAUCAGGUACAACUGGGAAAACUUGAAGCUACAAUAAAAUCAUUAUCAGCAGAACUUCUGAAGGCAAAUGAGAUCAUUAAGAAGUUACAAGGGGACCUGAAAACUCUAAUGGGUAAGCUAAAACUGAAGAAUACAGUUACUAUUCAACAAGAAAAGCUCUUGGCUGAGAAGGAGGAAAAGUUGCAAAAGGAACAAAAGGAAUUACACGAUGUUGGACAGUCUCUCCGAGUGAAAGAGCAAGAGGUUUGCAAAUUACAAGAACAAUUAGAAGCUACAGUUCAUAAACUUGAAGAAAGUAAGCAGCUAUUGAAAAAUAAUGAAAAGUUAAUCACGUGGUUAAACAAAGAACUAAAUGAAAAUCAACUAGUGAGAAAACAAGAUGUUUUGGGAGCUUCUGUCACUCCACCGGCCCAUUCUAGCAAUAACACCAUCCGAAGUGGAAUUUCUCCUAACUUGAAUGUGGUUGAUAGUAGACUGACGUAUCCAAACUGUGGGAUUGGAUAUCCUGUCUCCUCUGCAUUUUCAUUUCAGAAUCCCUUUUCUCACCCAAUAGCUGCCAAAAGUACCAACCAUCCCGUUUCAGGACCAAAGGUUCAGUUUAACUUGCAGUUUACAAAACCAAACACGUCACUAGGAGAUGCUCGGUCAGGAGCAGCUGUUAGUAUGCAGUGCUCAACUGAUAAGGAAAAUGGUGAAAAUUUAGGACUGGAAUCCAAAUACUUGAAGAAAAGAGACGACAGCAUUCCUUUACGUGGACUCAGCCAGAAUGUAUUUAUUAAUUCAGCAGACCAUCAGAAAGAUGGCACUCUAGGAGCACUGCAGACAUCUUGCAAACCCACAAUGCUCUCUUCUGCAUCAUCGGCAUACUUCCCCGGGCAGUUACCAAACAGUUAAUGCCAGUGCCUUUCAUUUCUUAUUGACCUUUCAGAAACUCAAUAGAACUCACUUCCCAAACAUGCAAGUAUCAAUUUUUACUUGAGUUUCUAUUACACUGUUUGUCUCCUUUAUAAUGCUGCUGUCAUUUGUCAGGCAAUUCAUAGGUACAAAUUUUGAGUAGUACUUUUUGGUCUGUCAACACUAUUUUAUAAAAUACUACUGUGAAUCCUCAUAAGGAACAUCCUAAUCACUGAAAGCCUGACAAAAAUAAGCUGUACUCAGAAAUUAAUAGUAUGAAAACAAAGAAUGCUAGUAACUUUUAUUACCAUCUUCAUUAGUAAAACAGAUAUUAAAUUUGCCACCUGAGAAUUAAGAGGGACCAUGGUAUUAUAUGAAUGAUAGGAAGUUACUUUAAAUGAAUGAAAUGGAUAAACACUUCUUACUAAGGAACACUGUCCCUGAAACACCAAGUGUGGAAUAAUCAGGAUAGUAUGUUUACAUGACUAAGCAUAAAGUGCUCUAGUCAUCUGAACCGAGUUUAUAGGAUAUUAUUUCCUGAAAUUUACCCUCAUCCAACUUUUCUCCUUAAUUGGGAGUUUUAUUAGUUAUGCAGCUCAAUCUGGUCAGUGGGAUUUUGUUUUAAAAUGGAACAUAUAAUACCUUCAGGAAGAGAGCAUCAUGUGGUGAAUAUUUAUUGUACUUGUUUUCAUAGUAUCAAAAUUAUAUUUAGGGUUGACUUAAUGGUAUAGGCAAAUUAGCUAUUAGAAGUUACAGCUUUCUCUUCCAAUUACUAAAUAUUGCCAAGGGAAUAAAAAGUGGGUUUUUAAAAAACUCACCUAGAAUCAUGGGGCCCUAAUUUUUUCUUGUUGAUACUCAACAAGUUGACUAAGAACUGAUACAAAAAUCAAUUCUUAUUUGAAAACUGGUAAUGAUCAUGGGAUAGCUUAUUAAGUAUUUUCAAGUACUUUACACAGAUGAAAAGAAGAUUCAACAUAAUAGUGACAUGACAUAACAUUACUGGGGCCAAAGUAAGACAAGUGGCAUUAGUCUUAUAAUUUGAAAUUGCUGGCAGUUGCAAGAGUGUAACUGGAAACUUCAGUGAAUCUCAUUAGGCAGUGACUUUGCUCUCCUUCAUUUAGGUAUAUACUACAGUAAGAAUACUGUUACAGUUACUUGAAAGCACUUAUUCUGGUAAGAAGUCUCCUGUCAGCAUGAGGCUAUGUUGUAAAUACUGUGUAAUAUACAUUAAGACAUUGUGACAGGUUUUGAAUGGGAUAUACACGUAACUUUCUGACUUUAUACAUAUGUGAAAAAAUUCCACGGGUUAAUAGAGAGUUUUAUUUUUGUCUUUCAAGGUAGGGUCUCAGUUUAGCCCAGGCUGACCUGGAAUUCGCUACAUAGUCUCAGGGUGGCCUCGAACUCACGGCAAUCCUCCUACCUCUCCCUCCUGAGUGCUGGUAAUAAAGGCAUGUAGCACCACACCCAGCUAAAUCAUUCUCAUAUCAACUUGUUAAAAGAUACUUUUAUAUUAAAAUGUACAUACCUUACAGAUUUCUGAUUGUGCUAAUUCUUCCUCCUGAACUUUUAUUCAAAAUUGUUUUGUAGUAUAUCAUUAUACAUGUGUUAAUAAUAAAAUGUUUC